AUGAACUUCUGUCUUUCCACUGUAGAUGCGUACCUCUGUCAGAGGACGGAGGCGCUGCUUCAUGACUCAAGGGGGAGCCAGGACCCACAAAGCUCAGAAGCUGCUGCAGAAGCAACAGCAGUGGAAGUCGAUCCAACUAACGAUGUUACUCCACGCCCGAACAGCCUCAAGAGUUUGCUACACCAGGUAGCGGGUGUAGCUGCUGCUGCACAGAGAAUCCCUGGGGGUGAUGACUACACCAUCAGGACAUCGACAAGCAGCAACGCGAGAAAAGCAGCAGAGGCAGCAGCAGCAGACACCCUCAAAAUCCUCUUAGAUAUCGCUGUAGGCUGCUCAGGGAAAAGUUCCAAUCUUAGUGUACUGAAGAAGGCGGAGGAGCUUCACCGUUUACUAGCUGGGCCUUCUGACUCGACAAGCAACACCGGUAAAGGCAGCAGCACUAGCACCAGCAUACUGCUGCAGGAGCAUGGGCAGCAAAUUCACGAAGGUGUUGGUGUUGGCAUCCAGGGUUUAUUGGAUGAGCUGCUUGAGGCAGUUGAUCUGUGUUUGGAGGCACACAGACGCAGUCCCCAAACGAGAAUUCGUGCGCAGCUGCCUUCACAGCAGCACGGGGGGCAGCCAGAGAAGCGGCAGCAGGAGCAGCUGCAGCAACAGCAGACUCGAGAGACAGCAGAAGCAAAUGAGAAAUCUGCAGUGCUGGGACGUGAUGGACGCGUUAUAAGUCUGCCUUCCAUUUUCUCGGUGCUGGAGGGCCGCCCUCAGAGUCAGUGGGCAUACCUUAUCAACAACGACAGCAGAAAAUUUGUGCCUCGCCUUCACGAGAAGCCCCACAAAAAGUACCCUUUGACUCCAGCUACAGUGGAUGCUCAGAAGGAGAGAGCUCUUUGGCUGGAGAGGCGGAGGGACUUGCUGGAGGACACGGUCUCUACUGCUGCUGCUGCCGAGACUGCAUCGGGCCAGCAGAAGCAGCAGCUGCUGGAGCAGCUCAGGCAGCAUGAGGAGGACCUGAUAACUCUACAGAAAGAAGAAGAUGAGGCGCAAAGCGCAGAAAGCACUGAACCGUUGCCACAUCCGUAUGAGGGCGAACUGAAGGAUCUAGUGUGGCUUGCAGAGGGAGACAAGCAACAGUCGGGUGUAUAUUCAGAACUUUUCACCUUGAAAGAGGCUACUCUACCUUCACCUGUCGAGGAAACUCCGUUGGUUUUUGUGGAAACGCCACAGCAACUUCGGGAGAUGCUAGACGAGCUUUGUAGCGGGCGCCAUAAGGUGGUAGCCAUUGACACGGAGCACCACUCCUACGAGAGCUACAAAGGUUUUAUAUGCUUGAUUCAGCUUUCCACAUGCGGAAGCGCAGGAGCGGCUAAGGAUUUCCUUGUCGACCCAUUUUCUCUUUUUGUUCACUUGACUGCCUUGAAUGAGCUCACCGCGAACCCCAAAAUUCUCAAAAUCCUUCACGGCUCAGCAAGUGACGUCAUAUGGCUGCAGCGUGACUUUUCCGUUUACUUGGUUAAUGUAUUCGACACGGCCGUGGCAGCUAGAACUUUGGCGAUCCCUGGUGGAGCUUCUCUCGCAAAUCUUCUAAGUUUUUACUUAAAGAAGCAGAAGGACAGGAAAAUGCAACUAGCGGACUGGAGAGUCAGGCCCCUUACCAAGGAAAUGAAGAGCUACGGCCGGUCGGACACACACUAUCUGCCUUACAUUUACCAGUGCAUGCAGAACCAACUUCUCGCCAGGGACGACCAGACGGGAAUGUUCAAUCUGAGCUGCACAACGCCUGCGGAGCUAGGCACCCCCACUGGAUCGGGCAAGGCUGCAGUUCUGGGAGUGAUGGAACGCAGUAGAGAUAUCUGUCUCUCCCUGUACACCGAGGGACCGUUUGAUGAGGAGAAGGAAGCCACUCAGCUCCUCAAAAGGAAUAACGUCGCGCUUGCACCUUUAUCAUUUGCGGCUCUCAAGGGGCUUCUCGCGUGGAGAGAUUCUGUUGCCCGGAAAAGGGACGUCAGCCCCCACGCAGUCCUCGCAAAUGCUUGCAUCUUGCUUUUGGCGCAAAGAAGACCGCUAGAUCACAUGCAGCUUCGAAGCGCCAUCCGCCCAACACCGCCGGCUGUCCGCCGGUACAGCGGGGAUAUUUUGAAAGCCAUUCAUGACGGUCUACAGAAAGCAGCAACGCAACCAUCUCCUCCAGUAGACGCUCAUCAGGAGGCUGAAGCGGAGAGCAAGCAGCAACAGACUCAGCCGCAGGAGCAGAAACAGCCAGAUCAGCCAGAGCCGAUGCUCGACGAUACGGAUGAUUUGCUGCCAUCUGCUGAAGUGCUUAGAAAUGCUGUGACUGCACAGCAGCAACUGCUUGCCGCAUUUGAUGCACCGGAGGCCUCUGUGGAUGCACCAGCAGGAGCCUCCGACAAUAAGGGAGAGCCCAACGCCUUCGACAAAAACAAUGGCAGUAGCUCGCCUGGCAGCAGCAGUCGUAGUGACACCAACACUAGCAGCCUUCAGCAACAGCAACAGUCGCCGGUGCAAAUAGGAGGCCUCUUCCGGAUCGGCUCGACUGGCCCUAAACCUUCAGUGGUGGUUAGGAUCUCCUCGGAUGUCUUAUCUUGUCAUAUGGAGAACUACUUCGGUUCAGCAGCAUCGGGUAUAUCGGUGCAAUCUGCCAGUGUCCGCAACGCGUCUCACAAAGCGCGGCAAGUUGCGCGUUGGGUAUACAGGCAGUUGCAGCAAAUGGAAAUGAACAGACUGCUGCAUUGUCAAGAAAUGCCGGACGUCCAGGUACCAGAACAGGUGGAGCAGAAACAGCAUCAUCAGGUUGAUGAAGUCGUCAGCACGGGUCUUCAUUUACUCCCUGCUCACCCGCCCCCGCCACCAGACCCAGAAAUUGUGGCGGCAGCAGUAGCAGCAAUAGGGAUCAGUGGUUCUGCAGCGGCCGUAGCUCCAACCGCACCGGAGGCGCCUUCCACGUCACCCACUGUAGCCAAGGACGCCACUGUGGGGAAUGUAAGCAAGAAAAGGGGACAUUCUGCAGAGGUCGAGGCCUCGAUGGGUCUGCUCCCCGUAGCUCAACAGAAGUGGAAGAGGCGGAAAAAGCAGCGACAGCACCCAGCGAAGUUGCCACGACCACUAGAAGCUACACAGUUCGUCAAUUAA